GUGCUGACGCUUGUGCUAACGCACCCACCCCCGUGUCCUCUCGCCGGGGGGUAUAUAUAGACUGAGAGGGGUCCUGGACGGCCCCGGCAGUCAAAAUGAGGCUUUUCCUCCCCGUCUGCUGCCUGCUGCCUCUACUGGCGCUCACCACUGCAGAUGCAGUGGAAUCUGAGACUGAGCCGCUUGUGCCGUUCCAUCUGAAGUCUGAAGGCGAGCUGUUCAACUGCUGUGAUGGCACAGAGGAUAUAAGCCAGAGCUCCUCCAAUGACACUCCUGCACCAAACAGACCUGUGUGCCAACCCUGUGGCACUGGCGCACAAAUUGGCUCCACCGCAGAAGAUGUCAGCUCUAAUGAGGAUGAAGAGGAAGAGGUUGUUUCAGAAGACAGAUCAGAAGAGGUGACUCAAGAGGAGACCUCCUCUGAAGAGAUAUUUGAGGAGGAGGCACAGGAAGAAGAGGCAGAUGUGGAGUUAGAUGAAUCUAAUGAAUCGGUGAAGGAGGACGUUCUUGAGGAGACACAUGAAGAUGUGAAGGGGGAGGAGAUCUUAGAGGUAGACAGUGAUGUAGAGUCACAAAUGGUUGUUGAAGAAUCUGUGAAAGAAGACAAUGAGGAAGAUUCUCAGAAUGAUGAAGAGGUAGCUGAAGAAGAAGAGGUUCUUCAGACUGAAGAUGAAGCAGGUGAAGAAGAGGACCUUGCUCAGACUGAAGAGGAGGUAGUUGAGGAAGAGGAGGUUCUUCAGACUCAAGAUGAGGCAAGUAAGGAUGAGGAAAUUUCUCAGACCGAAGAUGUGUCAGAGACCGUUUCCGUUUCUCAGCCUGAAGAUCCAGUGGAAGAGAAAUCAGAAGAGGUAACAGAGAAAGAGGCUGAAGAAGAGGAAGCUGUAAAGGAGGAAGAAAGAGCUCCUGAGGUAGUGGAAGAACAGCAAUCUGUUGAAGAACCAGAAGCAGCUGAAGAAAUGGUGGAAAUAGAAGCAUCUGAGGAACUAGUUGCAAAUGUUGUUGAGGAGGUUGUUGAAGUAGCACAAGAGAAAACUGUGGAACUUGUCGAACCAACUCUUGAACAGAUUCAAGAAGUUAUUUCUGCACCUGUUGAAAAAACAACAGCAGAAGAAGUGUUGGAUGAAGUACCAGCAACCAAAGCAUCUGUUAAAGUGGAGAAAACAACCCCCUCAGGUCCUGCCGCAAGAGAUCGGUCUCACAUCGAAGAGACGCUGCGUCUGGCAACGGCUGAACCUUCACGGGAAUUUGUCGAUGCUCUGAAAAAGCUGCAGCAUGUUUACAAUACUGCAAUUAAACCCAUGGACAAGGCCUACAAAUACAAUGAGCUCCGGCAGCAUGAAGUGUCAGAUGCAGAGAUCACCUCUAAGCCAAUGGUCUUGUUCCUCGGUCCUUGGAGUGUCGGCAAGUCUUCCAUGAUCAAUUAUCUUCUGGGUCUCGAUGAAUCUUCACAACAGCUUUACACUGGGGCUGAGCCCACAACCUCAGAAUACACUGUACUCAUGCACGGUGAGAAGUUUCGCACCAUUGAGGGCAUUGUCAUGGCGGCAGACAGUUCCCGCUCUUUCUCUUCCCUGGAGAAGUUUGGUCAGGGCUUUCUGGAAAAGCUGGUGGGAAUCGAAAUGCCGCACAAACUCCUGGAGCGUGUCAUCUUUGUAGACACACCUGGAAUCAUUGAGAACCGCAAACAGCAAGAGAGAGGGUAUCCCUACGGUGAAGUGUGCCAGUGGUUUAUCGACCGGGCCGAUCUUAUCUUCCUGGUGUUUGACCCAACCAAACUUGAUGUGGGAUUAGAACUAGAAAUGCUUUUUAGACAGAUGAAGGGACGCGAGUCACAGAUCCGUAUCAUCCUCAACAAGGCCGACAGUCUGACAACCCAGGACCUAAUGCGCGUGUACGGCGCCCUCUUCUGGAGCAUGGCACCCUUGAUCAACGUGACAGAGCCACCGCGCGUCUACGUGAGCUCAUUUUGGCCGCAGGAUUAUGCUUCAGACACCAACAGGGAUCUUUUUAAACGCGAGGAGAUCUCUCUGCUGGAGGACCUAAAUCAGGUGAUCGAGAACCAGCUGGAAAACAAAAUCGCCUUCAUUCGGCAGCACGGCAUCCGCGUGCGCAUCCAUGCCCUCCUGGUCGACCGCUACCUGCAGACGUAUUACGAGAAGCUGGGCUGGUUUAGUGACCCACACGAGGUCUUCAGCGAUAUCGUCGGUGACCCUGACAAGUUCUACAUCUUCAAGUCCAUUCUGGCCAAGACCAACGUGAGUAAGUUCGACCUGCCAGAACCGGAGGCGUACCGGGACUUCUUCGGAGUCAAUCCUCCCAGCGGCUUUAAGCUCCUGUCUUCAUACUGCAGCUGGUCAGGAGGAUGCCUGCUGGAGAAGAUCGAGAAGGCCAUCACAGACGAGCUGCCGGCUUUGCUCAGCAGUCUGGCAGAGAAACGGGAAGCCAAGGCAGAAGCGGCUGCAGAAACCAAGGAGAAAGCCCAAAACCGUUGGAGGAGACAGUAACAGAAGAAUGGUGGGAGAUUACAGAAGAGUAUAAGUGACACUAUUUAGAUGAAAUUCAAAAGCCAGUUAAACACAGUGUGUACUCUUAGCACUCUGUAUAAAACCGACCUGAAUGAUGGGAUUCUGCGUGCUAUUUUUCUUCCUUUUCCGUUAUUCUGUUUCUUCCUUGUUCUAACUUAACUCAGCCAGCAAAUUUCACUUAUUUAUACUAUGUUCAAAAUAAGCAACCUGUCAUAAUAAUUUAUUUAUUGAAUGUCAUUUUAGUGUGAAUUAUGGAAGCUUGCUUCCACCACAGGAUGAAAAAAAAAGAAUAAAAAUGGUAAUUGCCAUUGCCAAUUAACCUCACAACUUUUUUUCCUCGCAAUUCUGAAAAAAAAGUCAGGAAUGCAAGAUGUAAAAGUCAGACAUUUUUACUUCAGAUCACACGUUACAAUUUAAAUUAGAUCGAAUGUUGCAAUUACCUUUUUGUUUUAUAUUUUGGAUAACACUUUAUUUUAAAAUGUCCUUACAGAGUGCCUACCUAGUAAUAGCUGUUGUACUUGCGUAAAACAAAAUGCACUUACCAUGUAAGUUACAGAACAGUUUGUACUUACAGAGUCUGUUACACAGCUACUUUUUUAACCAAAAGAUUGCCACAUACGUGUUGCAGACUUUGUACAAUUAAAGUAUGUGUAUUAACAUGCACACCUUUUCUAGCUGCACCUUGAUUUAACCAUUUAGUGCACAGCUUAAAUACAUGCAAGGCGUUUCUAAUUACGUUAAAAUGACAGAAUAUUACAGGUGCAUGAGCUACUUACGCUAAAGUACAAUCUAGAUCAACUUUAUUGUAAGUAGCUGCGUAACAGACUCGAUCUGUUACAAAUGUGUAACAGUAGCUGCCUGUUACAUCUAAAUAAUUACGAGGCUGAUACAGUUACACGAUACAUAACUACAAGUACAUUUUAUUUCAUGUAAAUACAACCUAAUUACAUAAUUACUCCAUAUUACGGCACCUUAAAAUAAAGUGCUACCAUUUAAUUUUACUCCUUGUUGGAAACAGGCUCCCGUAGGGAAUUUGCCAUAUGUGGUGAAAUGUUUAUCUUCAUUACUUCAGUUCCACUUGUACAUAUUUAUCGUAUUCCUUUGUACAAUUUUACUGCUGUACGAGUCAUUGGUAAAUGAAAUGAGUUUUUUGUUGUUGUUGUUGUUGUUGCACGUUUCAACUGUGGUGACAUUAAAUAGCCUUUCUUGCU